UCCCGCGGCACGCAGGAGAGAUUCCCGCGUGGGCCUGUGCUUCUCGGGCCGCCAUGAGCCUGCCCCUCAACCCCAAGCCUUUCCUCAACGGGCUGACGGGGAAGCCAGUGAUGGUGAAGCUGAAGUGGGGGAUGGAGUACAAGGGCUACCUCGUUUCCGUCGACGGCUACAUGAACAUGCAGCUUGCGAACACAGAAGAGUACAUAGACGGUGCAUUGUCUGGACAUCUGGGUGAAGUCUUGAUAAGGUGCAAUAAUGUUUUGUACAUCAGAGGUGUGGAAGAAGAGGAAGAAGACGGAGAAAUGAGAGAAUAA